GCCAUCAAAUCCAGUAAUCAAUGGCUACAGUGCAGGCUCUGUCCUUGACCCGUGACCACAGUAAGAGCUUUGGUGAACCUUAUCCAGCCACAUCUCUGGCAUCAUCCCACUGCAUGAUGGGAAGUGUAGGUAGCCUCAUUGAGAAGCAAGAUUUGUCACCAACAAAGACGAACAGUCGAGCUGUUCCACAAGUGAGCAGCCGCCAGCAUCACGGCCUGCUCAAGAAGGGCUUCAACCAGAGGGAACUGCUCAACUACUUGAACAUCACUAAGAAGGACUCGAAAGGUGGCAAACACAUCAUCUCUGGAGUAUCGUCCAUUAAAAGGGAGCAUGGGCGAGAGGAGGAGAGCAUGUAUGCCAAGGUUUACCAUAAGGACGGCAAGGAGGUCGACGUCAGCAAGAACUCCCUUCCAAUAGGUGGCAAGUUCGACAAGUCACGCUUCAGGCCCUCUGCUUUCAAACCGGUCACUCCUAAAAACUUCAGCUCUAUGCAGAAUCUCUACCCUUCCAAGUCUGAAGAGCUGGACGGCGGAUUAACUAACGGGAUGCAUCCAUCCUAUGCGAAGGUGGCUUCCAAAUCUGUGUCGACCUCUUCGUCAUCCUCCUCACCCUCGCGUCAUGGCACUAGUGUUAAUAAGGGUGUGUUGGCAGCCCGCGGCUUCAGCCAGGAGGAGGAGAACAUGUCAGACUCGGGUCACAACUCCAUGAACAGCUUGCCUCCGUACAGACCUCCCUUCCGUCCCCAUCUGGCCCACAUCAGCGCUUCCAUGGGCCACAUAAACCACAUUGGCUCUCUGGACCGUACCUCGGUGGGCUCCAAAGGGGGCGUCUCCACAGCGACGGACAUGUCAUGUCAGAGCAUGGCCACGCUAAACCGGCUACAGUGCUACGGGAGUGAAGCUCCACCUCCUUACGAACUGUCUCACUCGCUGGAGGACGUGGUGAGAGACCUGGAGGACAGACUGCUGGAGAAAGACCAUGAGCUCAAACAGAUGAGGAGGAACCUGGAUGAGAGUGAAGAGGCCAUUGCACAAGUAUUUGAGGGGAAGCAGAGGCUGUGGGAGAAAGAGUUAACGGAGCUCAAGCAGCUGUAUGCCGCCAAACUGCGACAGAUAUCCCAGCAGUCUCAGCUCGCUCAGCGAAACCUGCAGCUUCAACUCUACAAAGUACAGCAAGAACGUAAUCGCUUGCGAGACGAGAUGGAGACUCUGAGGACCGAAUUCCAGAACCUUAAGAGCAGCAACCCAGAGGCACAUGCCCAGGAUCUCAACCCCCAACUGGAGGAGACCCAGUGGGAGGUUUGCCAGAAGUCUGGAGAGAUCUCCUUACUGAAACAACAGCUGCGAGACUCCCAGGCUGAAGUGACCCAAAAACUGAGCGAAAUUUUCCAGUUGAAGACUCAGCUGCGUGAGACACGGAACGAGGUACGUACCAAAGACGGGCAGAUAGAGAUGCUGCAGCUCGCGCUGCACGGCGCACGCCGAAAAUGCCCCUUACCCCCCUAUGACGAAACCCGGGGAGCUUCGGAGGAGAACAGGACGGAGGCGAGAGGCGGAGCCGCCGGCACGACGGAGGAACGGCUCCGCGCUGAGCUCCUCCUGGAGAGGCGUCAGAACGAGGCGCAGGCCUCGGCGUUUGACGCAGAGCGGAGCACCUGGCAGACGGAGAAGGAGAAAGUAAUCCGUUACCAGAGGGAACUGCAGGCAAACUACUUGGAAAUGUACCACAAGAACGAGGCCCUGGAGAGGGAACUGCAGGAGUAUAGAGGGGGUAGAUCACAAGGUGGCGGAGGAGGUGGAGCCACAAACGGAGAUAGAGCCGCUUUUGAUGAGCAUCCGCCCUCUAGCCUGCCCUGGAUAGAGAGGAUAGAGUCCUCUGAAAUCUGAUUGCACUCUCUGUCCCCCCCCCCCCAAAAAAACAGCAGUUCCUCUG